CAGGGUCUUCAAGCUUCGAGCUUCAUCGAACUUCAGGCUUAGGCAGUACUAGUAAGCUGGAAACGCUUUCGACACGUCUCUGUUGUGCUCACAACGAUGGAAGACUACGAACCUUUGCUAGUGGAAACAACAGUCAUCAAGUCAUCCGAAAGUGAAUCAAUCAGACCGAUCACGGUCUACCAAGCGCUGCAGGCGGAACGCUUACCCAACGAUGUUCAGUUCUCGCUUGGUGGGGCAAAAUUUGAUAAGGUCCUGCUGGUCACCCAUGCCAUGUUACGAGAUACCAGUGAUGCUCGAGGUACUUAUGACCUCGAUGAUGGUACUGGGAUGAUAUCUGGGUCAUGGGUUAACAAAGCAGGACUGGAUCAUGCUAUGUUCUCGGCCAUGAUACAUCGAUUUGACAACAGUCUGGCUUGUGUCAUGGGCAACAUUGUCCAGCGUGGCCAGCAUAAAGUGGUCCAUAUUGAGUCCAUGGUUGGGGCAGGGUAUCACCAGGCUAUGUAUCAUGCUCUCGAUUGCAUGAGGACAAGUUUGAUGAUUGAGAGGCACAAAGGACAAGCUCACAAUACAGACGAGAUGCUUGUCGUCCAAGAACUCAAAGAGGAUGUGGAAGACUCGAUAGCAGCCGACUCACGGGCAUUCGAACAAUCUUAUCGUUCAUUUUCAUUUUUCGACUUGCCCCACAAUGAUGAAGGUAGAAAUGUCAGCUCUCCUCAGACUCUUGCUAGGCCGUUUCUGCAGUAUGGCGAUCAUAGUGAAGGUCUGAGUUCCGCGUCAACUUCAAAGCAAACUGCAUCCCAACUUCCUGCACUACCUCUCGCACUUAAGCGUGAACCACCUCAUUCUGCCAUUGUUCGUGUGGCCCAUCCUUGCACAGUCACGCGAACACCGAGCCCCCCUUCUUCCCUUGGCUCAUCGCUCCAAAUCAGUUCUCAUUAUACUCCACAAUAUUACAGCCAGCUAGCUCAAUUGACAGCAACACAACUCGCUAUCGUGUCCAUCCUCAAUCAGCCCAAGGCUGAUGAAAUGUAUGGGAUUCAGAUACCCGAUGUGUACGAAUGCGUGAGACAGAAUACCACUGAGGAAGAAUUCAGCACCGACAUAGAGUGGCUUCUUGAAGAAAUAUACAUAUUCAGCCCACUCGAUGAUGAUCGCAUUGCGCUCACGCCUCGUGCAUCAGUUUAGUUUCACCAUUUGUACAAAUCAGUGAGUCUCACUUGAAGCAAUGGAGCUCUCCUUGGGGCAAUGUGCUCAUGAGUAUCCGUCAAGCCUCAUCUAAAAUUAUUCAGGAAUGAGACAUUGGGAACCCUGGUAUUCAAGUUGUGUAGUUGUGAAGUUUGUGCAAAGUCUACUUUGAUUUAGAUAGAUUGUUUUUGGUACGCGCUUGGACGGAAAAGGCAACUCCGAAGCACCGGUGUAGUACUUUCAGCUAUACCCCUGCACCCCCGGCGCUG